GUGAGCGGACACAUCACACGAUCCUUCAAGUUCUUGCCUUGAAAUUAAAGCCCAUACAUGCCCUUACUUUCUUCUCAGUUCUCCUUUCUGCUUCAAUUCCCUAUACACCCUUUCAUCAAUCAUGAAGAGCUUGUUGCAAGCGAUUAUACUUGCAUGCACGGCGGCUGCAUCGGCACAGCUUAAUAGCGAUGUCCAGGCGUCAGUGGCAUCAGUGCUAAUGACAGCCAUUCCUCCGGAGUCACUCCAACUGGCUCUGACGAACUCAGCCUCCUUUUCUGCAGAGCUCGCUUCGUUGCUCUCUGCAGGAAACACGCCGCAGUGGUAUCAGGAUCUACCUUCGGAUGUCAAGACGCUUCUACCCCAAUUGUAUCCGGCUACGAUGACAGCGGAGAUGACUGCUUCCGACGAUCCAAACUCAUCACCCGCACGUACGAGCGCUCCAAUCACUUCAAGUUCGACAAUGCCGUCGACAUCCCAAGUCACCGCGACUAAUUCACCUACAUGGGUCUCAGUUGGCGUUGGCUACGACAGCACCAGCACCACGCUCUCGACCGCUACAGUACAGCCCACCGCCUCAUCCAGUCAGUCACCGGCUACCGCUGGAUCCAACGGCGCUCUGUCGACGGGAGCUAAAGUCGGAAUCGGCGUUGGCAUACCGUCCGUCGCCUUGAUUGCCGCCGCCGGGAUUGGAGCGUUCAUUAUCGGGAUGCGGAGGGGAAAACGAAAUACUCAGACCGCACCGAAUGCUGUCUACGAUGAGUAUGUCAGGAAGAAUCCCCCGCCGCCGUCCAACUUUCAGAGCUGGCCAGCUCAGGGAAUGUACCAGCAAGGCUAUGGGCCGGAAUAUGCGGAAAUGAGCACGACUGCGAACGUGCCGGAGAUGCAGGGGAGUGCGUAUAAAAACGUGGGAUGAACUCUGGCCUGUGAAGCUGUUCCUUCUUCCUUCUUAUCUUUCCGGUUUGGGUAACAUACGGUCUUGGUGAUGUGGAGGGUCUUUUUCUUCGGUCGCUGGUGAAUCGUCGUUGGCGUUGCACCAUUGUAGCUCGUCCGCCAACGUGAAAGUUAGGCGGCGACUGUUGGGCGGCCGUUUAAUUGCUUUGAGACGGGUAGCCUAUGGCAACGCUCCCGUGAAGUUGCAAUGUCGCACUGGGAGGCAAACAUUUUGUUGCAG